UAAACAGAUCUGCUCGGGGAGGUUGAAUUAAACAACACAAGUUAUCCGGUCUAAACAAGGCUGACUUACUCUGCUGGUCCACGUUAGAAAAGCACUGAGAUGUAUAUAUUUAACGUUACGAAUUCCAAGUGGUAGCGGACAAGAGCCCUUCAGACUUGCUACACGCAAGAGAACAGCACCAGCUUCGCGUAAUCCCCGUGGAGUUUUUGUGCAUCUUUUACAGAGAAGCAGACACAUCCUCUGCCCCAAAGCCGUUCUGGUCUCCCUAAGGCAAAAAAAGCCCCAGGAGAGACUUGGGGCAACCAGUCAGGUGUUAGAACCUCAUCCGCCUCCGCCGUUGAUGUAAAAAUGACCAAGUUGGGGUUUCUCCGGCUGUCCUAUGAGAAGCAGGACACUCUCCUCAAGCUCCUCAUUUUGUCCAUGGCAGCUGUGCUGUCUUUCUCCACAAGACUUUUUUCUGUCUUAAGAUUUGAAAGCGUCAUCCAUGAAUUUGACCCGUAUUUUAACUACCGCACAACCCGCUUUCUGGCGGAGGAGGGCUUCUACAAAUUCCACAACUGGUUUGACGACCGAGCAUGGUACCCUUUGGGCAGGAUUAUUGGCGGAACCAUUUAUCCGGGCCUUAUGAUCACAUCGGCAGCGAUUUACCACGUGCUGCACUUCUUCCACAUCACCAUUGACAUCCGAAACGUCUGCGUGUUCUUGGCUCCCCUCUUCUCCUCGUUCACCACCAUAGUAACUUACCACCUCACCAAAGAACUCAAGGAUGCAGGGGCAGGACUCCUUGCUGCUGCCAUGAUUUCAGUUGUGCCUGGGUACAUCUCUCGAUCCGUUGCUGGCUCCUACGAUAACGAAGGUAUUGCCAUAUUCUGCAUGCUGUUGACUUACUACAUGUGGAUCAAAGCAGUAAAAACUGGGUCCAUCUAUUGGGCAGCGAUGUGUGCUCUUGCGUAUUUCUACAUGGUCUCCUCGUGGGGUGGCUACGUCUUUCUGAUUAACCUGAUCCCCUUGCAUGUUCUUGUGCUGAUGCUGACCGGGCGCUUCUCCCACAGGAUCUACGUAGCCUAUUGUACGGUCUACUGCUUGGGAACAAUCCUCUCGAUGCAGAUCUCCUUUGUUGGCUUUCAGCCCGUCCUCUCCUCGGAGCACAUGGCUGCCCUGGGAGUCUUCGGCUUGUGUCAGAUCCACGCCUUUGUGGACUACCUGCGGAGCAAGCUGAACCCGCAGCAGUUCGAAAUUCUCUUCAGGAGCGUCAUUUCCCUGGUCGGCUUCGUCCUCCUCACGAUAGGGGCCGUGCUGAUGCUCACAGGGAAAAUCUCUCCCUGGACGGGGCGUUUCUACUCUCUGCUGGAUCCUUCCUAUGCAAAGAAUAACAUUCCCAUCAUCGCCUCCGUCUCCGAGCACCAGCCCACCACGUGGUCAUCCUAUUACUUUGACCUGCAGCUUCUUGUUUUCAUGUUCCCAGUUGGGCUGUAUUACUGCUUCAGCAAUCUCUCUGACGCCCGCAUUUUUAUCAUUAUGUACGGCGUGACCAGCAUGUACUUCUCGGCUGUAAUGGUGCGUCUGAUGCUGGUGCUGGCCCCGGUUAUGUGCAUCCUGUCCGGCAUUGGGGUUUCUCAGGUGCUCUCCACGUACAUGAAGAACCUGGACAUCAGCCGACCGGAUAAGAAAAGCAAAAAACAACAAGACUCCACGUACCCCAUCAAAAACGAAGUCGCCAGCGGCAUGAUCCUGGUCAUGGCUUUCUUUCUGAUCACGUACACCUUCCACUCGACCUGGGUGACCAGCGAGGCCUACUCCUCUCCCUCCAUCGUGCUGUCCGCUCGAGGCGGGGACGGCAGCAGGAUCAUCUUUGACGACUUCAGAGAGGCUUACUACUGGCUGCGCCACAACACGCCGGAGGACGCAAAGGUCAUGUCUUGGUGGGAUUACGGGUAUCAGAUCACCGCGAUGGCCAAUCGGACCAUUCUGGUGGACAACAACACCUGGAACAACACGCACAUCUCUCGAGUUGGCCAGGCCAUGGCAUCUACGGAGGAGAAGGCCUAUGAGAUCAUGAGGGAGCUGGAUGUCAGCUACGUGCUGGUCAUAUUCGGAGGCCUCACCGGAUAUUCUUCCGACGACAUCAACAAGUUCCUGUGGAUGGUGAGGAUCGGGGGGAGCACGGACACGGGGAAGCACAUCAAGGAGCACGACUACUACACGCCGACGGGCGAGUUUCGCGUCGACCGCGAGGGCUCCCCGGUGCUGCUCAACUGCCUCAUGUACAAGAUGUGCUACUACCGCUUCGGGCAGGUCUACACAGUCACCAUCUCGACCACCGACCGGAGGAACAACAAGCUGAUCUUCAAGGUGAACCUGGUGGAGAUGGAGAGCAAGAUCCUGGUGGACUUCCGCCUCUCCAAGGUGAGGCCCGGGCUGGUGCACGGCGGUGCAAGGCCAGCGCAGGGCAGCGCGAAGGGGUGCAGGGCGGGUGCAGGGCAUUGCCAGGCGGUGCAAGGUGGGGACAGGGUGGUGCAAAGCAGUCGCAAGUCGGCGUAA